UUUCUCUUUCUCUCUGUUUCAAGAUGUUGAUAAUCAUCUGGGCGAUUAUCUACUCACCAUCGAUUGAUUAAUUAUCGUUUUUAUGGCUAAAUUGAUUCUCUUGUUUUCUAAUUGGAAUCAAACAAAAAGCAGUAAAUAUGAGGAGGAGCUCGAUCAUUAAAUUGGUGUCCAAUCAGUUUUAUCGUACAAUCAUUGUGAGAACCAUGAAUUCAGGAAAUAUUCCUUUGGCCGUUGCUGAUCCCGAGAUGUGGCAGUUGAUCAGGAAAGAGAAGGAGAGACAAAAAAGAGGCCUAGAGUUAAUUGCAUCUGAGAAUUUUGCUUCUUUGGCCUGUCUUGAAGCUCUUGGUUCUUGUUUGAAUAACAAAUAUUCAGAAGGAUAUCCUGGUAAACGAUAUUAUGGUGGAACUGAAGUUAUCGAUGAGAUUGAACUUCUCUGCCAAAAACGUGCUCUUGAAGCCUACAAGUUGGACCCAAGCAAAUGGGGAGUCAAUGUUCAACCUCUUUCUGGUUCUCCGGCCAAUUUUGCCACUUACAAUGCUCUCUUGAAGCCUCAUGACCGGAUCAUGGGCCUUGAGCUCACUGAAGGUGGACAUCUCACCCACGGCUACAUGAAUGACCAAAAAAGAGUAUCGGCAACAUCCAUUUUCUUUGAAUCGAUGCCCUACAAAUUGGACCCUGCAACAGGUCUCAUUGAUUACGAAAAAUUGGCAGAAACUGCGAAACUUUUCCGUCCAAAGUUGAUUAUCGCAGGAACAUCGGCCUAUUCUCGUUUACUAGAUUAUGCCAGAUUCCGUGUCAUCUGUGAUAGUGUCGGUGCGAUCCUUUUAGCCGACAUGGCGCAUAUCAGUGGACUGGUUGCUUCUGGUGUUAUCCCAUCGCCUUUUGAUCAUUGUGACGUUGUUACAACAACAACUCACAAAACACUUCGAGGUGUCCGAUCAGGAUUAAUUUUCUUCCGUAAACAAAUCAAUGAACAAGGAAAGGACGUUCUUGAUUAUGAAUCAAGAAUCAACUCUUCUGUAUUUCCGUCUCUUCAGGGUGGACCACAUAAUCAUGCAAUCGCUGGUGUAGCUGUCGCUUUGAAAGAGGCCACAUCAAAUGAAUUCCGAGCUUAUUGUGAACAAGUCUUGAAAAACGCCAAAGCUUUUGCCGAUGCGUUAGUGGCCAAGGGAUAUUCAUUGGUCUCUGGUGGAACCGAUAAUCAUCUUUUACUAUUGAAUUUACGAGAUAAAGGACUUGACGGUGCAAGAUUAGAGGCUCUUCUCAACCAUUGUGACAUAAUUGGUAAUAAAAACACUUGUCCUGGUGACAAAUCCGCUCUAUUCCCUGGUGGAAUCCGACUUGGUGCUCCCGCUUUGACUACUCGAAACUUUGUGGAAUCAGAUUUUACCAAAGUGGCCGAUUUUAUCGAUGAAGGUGUUCAGUUGUCUCUCAAAGUUAAAGCUUCAUGUGGUAAAACUGUCAAUGAUUUCAAGAAAUUCAUCACCACCGACGAGGAAACAAUUAAGCAAAUCGCUGACAUUAGAAGACGUGUAAACGAGUGGGCAAGCACAUUCCCAAUGCCUGGUUACGAUGAUCAUUAAUUGUUCACAAUUAACCUAUCAAAUAAGAGGCAUCAUAACAAUCAUCAUCUAAAGGGAUCGGAAAAAUUUACAGAAUUGAGGUUAACCAGAGAAAGUUUUUCACUAAUUAGUGCCAUUUAACUAACUAAUAUUUUAUUGAGCUUAUCACCAGUCAUACAAAAAUAUUAACAAUUAAACGAUGACAAAUUAUCAACUUUAAAUUGAUAAUAAUUUUGUUGAUUGUUAAAAAAAACCCUGAUUAGUUUGAUGCAAAAACAUUCAAGUAUUUUGACACUUUUCAUACAAACAAUUAAAAAAAUGAUUCAGUUAA